CCGCCAUGAAGUGUACCCCCAGCUCCCUGGAAACCCUGCUGGGGGUCUACCACUUCCACAGUUCCACGGCAGUGAGGUGACGCCCGGCCCUCCAGCCCCCUCUUCUGUCUUCCCUGGAACUCGCUGUGGCCCUAGCUCAGGAGGAUCUGCCGCAGAGGUUCAGGGAGCUCAAGUCCCUGGAGCCGCUGGAGCCGCGAGCCGAGGAAGCCGCGACCAGUGUCAUGAACUUUGGCGCCACCUUGUUAGAGAUCGCAGCCCUUUGGCUACAGCAGGAGGUGCGGUGACUAGACAGCGACGGCAGCAGCCCGGGCCCAGCCCCAGACGGCGGGGACCCUGACAGAGCGCUGGCCCCGGUAGCCCAGGCCGCAGGGCAGGGGGCUCGGCGAGCGGGCGCGGCGGGCUCGAGCGUCCGGCUCCUGCUCCAGGGGGCGUGGCUAUGCCUACGUGGACAGGGUCUGCCGAGGGUCCGCCUCAUCUGUGCAGCAAUGUGGACGCCAGCUGACCUCGGAACCCCCGGAACCCGUGGAGAGGUCGGCAUGGGACGCAGCAGGGCGGAGGACGUACCAGAGAAGCCUCCAUCGACCCAGCCUCACCCGGCGUUCAAAUAA